UAUUGCCAAUUUCAGAUGAUGUAACUAGCUACCAUCUCAUUAUUUAAGUCCAGAGAAAACGAGGCGUGGGGAGGAUUGUGGCACAGUAAAAGAAUAAAGUACAGCGAUGAAGAUUGAAGAGGAAGAAGAGGAGGUGGACAUAGCAGAGGAACAGCUACGGCACUGGGUGUGCACGGAGGUGGAGAAGGAUGAACGAGUGGCUCGGAGGCGUGCGCAGCUUGCACAGGUGGAGGAGUGGGUGAAGCAGAAGGAGAGGGAGGCCACCUACACCCGCCUGCUGUACAGCAAUGCCUGCGAGUCAGUCCUCGAGUGCGAGUCUGUGAUGAAGGGGCUGUAUGGAAUGCUGGGAUUAGAGUAUCGAGACACAGACUCAGAAGAAGAUGAAGGGGCCAAGUCAACCGAGAUUGUCAUUCAGAUUGAGGAUGAAGACCAUGAUGUAGAGGUUGAAAGUGAUGAGGAUGAUGAUUAUGUGGUCAUUGAUCUUGGUGCUACUGUACCAGAAUCAUUGGAGGAUGAAUCAAAGGAACAGUCUACAAGAAUUCAAUCUUCUGUAGAGGUCUUAGAUUCUAAAGUUAAAAAACCUGAGACUGUCCCUACGACCACCAUGAAUCUAACCACAACCUCUACACCCUAUAAAAACAUUGCUGAAUUCUUUAGGCAGUUCACCGAUGCGUCACAAAUGAACAGGGAACCUAGCCCUUCUAGAACUCCAGAACUAUCUAUUGAUUCUUUAGAAACCAUCAAGACUAGAGAUUCCCCUGUAAACAUUAGUUGUAUGUCCUCAACCAGUGACUUACCUGCCUUAACACUCCAAAUCAGAAGCUCUCCCUCCCAUCCCACAAACCCUUCUACAAAUGAAAUUAUGGAUACCCCUCCACUGAUCACAGCUUGUGCAGUCAUAAAUGGAACAGAACAUCUUGAAACUUCAGCCAGUGAAGCAUCUGCUUGUAGAAAACAAGAUAUUGAUGCAUCAGCACAGACUGUUGCCUCUACCAUACCUUCUACACCAGCAGCAACAUCAGCUUUUACCCCUGGAUCAUCAGAAAAGAUCUUAAUAAAUGCAACACUCACCUCUGGUAUCAAAAGCUCAAGUGCACACGUUGGUAAAACCACAGUCAUAGAACAGGCUAAGAGCAAUCCUAAACUUGGCAACAACUUUUCAACCUCAGUAUCUUGCAGUACUCCAACACCCUCUAAGACAUCUAAAAAAGCCACACCCUCUGAAAAGAGUAAGGGUAAGCUCAACAAGACUGCGAGCUCCAUCCCAGCAUCCAAAACUAAAGAAACUACCUCCAUCACUACGGCCAGCCCUCAGCAUGCUGAGGCAGAUGCCAAAUCUUUGCCCAAGGCUUCCCAAUCAGUCGCAAGUACUUUGACUUCUUCUAUAUCUCCACACUCUACUGGAGUCUCUAAGGCAUCAUCUGUCACAUGCUGUGUAUCUACCCAUAUUCAGCAAAAGGUGGAGCUGAAGGUUAACAUGAGCAUUCUUGGAAAGCGCAGGACUAAAACAUGGCAUCUAGGAACAAUUGUAGAGAUCAGAACAACAGAGACUGGACAGAGGUAUAAGGUCCAGUUUGAGCAGGGUAAAGGGAAGAGUGUAUUAUCUGGUCAUCAUUUGGCAUAUGUUGGCUCACCUAUGCUGAAAGAUCUUUUUGUGGGUUGCCGAGUUGUGGCCUGCUAUAAAGAGGAACACCAGUCUUGGCUUCAUGCUGCUGUAGUGACGGAGAUGCCCGAUCGCAAGAACCGUAUGAGGUUCCUGGUGUUUUUUGAUGAUGGCCGUCCAGCAUACGUGGCCCUGCCUGACCUCCAUCUGGUCUGCACACCUCUGAAGAAUGUUUGUGAAGACAUAGAGGACAAGGCAUGCCGCAUGCAGGUGGAAGAAUAUUUGCAGGCGUAUCCGAACCCCAUCUUUGUGGUGGUGCAACUGGGGCAGGAGAGCAAGGCAGAGUGUGAGGGCAAGUUGGAAUCCUGCACUAUCACCCAGGUGGAUUGCAGCUUGAUCCAAGUCUGCUACAAGAAAAAUGAGGAAAAGGAGUGGUUAUAUAAAGGCUCAAAUAGACUAGAGCACAUUCAAAGAAUUAAGAAGAAAAUGGCUGAGAAGAAAAAGGAACAGUCUUCAAACCAAGGUCGAUUUAUUCAGAGGAACAAUUUACCUACUACUACAGCUGCCACCUCAAUACAACCUUCAACUACAGUUGUGUUAAAACCGUCUGCUUCUCAAAGUGUGCCCCACGCUGUUGCCACAGUCACAUCUUCAUCACUUAUAGCAAAGGCAGCCAUACCUAUUUCACAACCUACGGUCACACUCCAUCGAAUUAAUUUGUCUACAUCCACCAUACCAGUGGUCUCCGUAUCGAAAGCCAGCCAACCUACAGAACCUGCAGCCACCUGUUCACCUAAAACGGGUACUAAACGUCCUGCUACUGAGGAGGACCUCCAGACUAGCCAAGCCCUUGCUUUUGAGGCCCGCCUGAAGUAUGUGCCUCACCGCUGCUGCCCAGCCUGUCUGAAUCACACAAGGCCAAUGAGGAAGGACGAGCACCGUGGCAAGAACCCACUGCUUAUCCCUCUGCUCUACGGCUUUCGCCGUAUGACGGCUAGAAAACGCCUGGAGGGCAAGGUGUCCUUCGAUGUUUUUUACCGCUCUUCGUGCGGACGGAGCAUGAGCAAUAUGGAAGAGGUGCAGGACUUCCUGUUUGAGUCACGUUGCGACUUCCUUUUCCUGGACAUGUUCUGCUUGGACCCUUUUGUGCUGGUGAGACGGGCCCUGCUCCCCUCCUCCAUGACCUGCCGGCCCCACCUGAUGCUUCCGGACAUCUCAGAAGGGAAAGAGGUGAUACCUGUCCCCUGUGUUAAUGAAGUUGACUCCACCCCUCUGCCCCUUGUGACCUACACCAGACACAGGACACCUGGCCCUGGUGUCUUCAUCAACACCAGUCUUGACUUCAUGAUGGGUUGUGACUGUAUGGACGGCUGCCGAGACAGGUCAACGUGCUCCUGUCACCAGCUAACUAUAGAAGCCACAUCACUGUUCACGGGUGGCCCUGUGGAUGCCAAUGCCGGAUAUCUGCAUAAACGGCUGACCAGAGACCUGCCGAGUGGGGUGUAUGAGUGUAACCCUCUGUGUCGCUGUGACCCAUGGAUGUGCUGCAACAGGCUGGUGCAGCACGGUCUGCAGCUGCGUCUAGAGGUCUUUAUGACUCAACACAAAGGAUGGGGCAUCCGCUGCCUGGAUGACCUCGCCAAAGGGACAUUUGUGUGCAUUUUCACAGGUAAAAUAGUCACGGAUGAAAUGGUGAGCAUGGAUAAUGCCUUGUCUGGCAAUGAGUUCCUGGCUAACCUGGACUUCAUUGAAGGAGUAGAGAAACUAAAGGAAGGUUACGAAAGCGAAGCCUAUUGCUCUGACAAAGAGGGAGAGAGUGAUAAGAAGACUCUUUUGACGAUGACAACAGGAGCAUUAAAGAAACAUGCUAAGUUCAGAAGAGAUUCUGAUUCUAGCAGUGGUGAAGAAAAGGAAAAAACAAACCAACAGAAGAAGAAAAAGGGAACUGCAUUUGAGGACAUGCUGCUUGAGACCAAUCAAUCUAUCCCCAAAUCUCCAAAGCCAAUCCCCAAAUUCUCAGGGGACCAGACAGAGGUGACAUCGUUCAUGGCCAAACAGAUGAGAAAAAAGGGACAUAGUGCGAUGGGGUUUGCAAGGAAAUCCACGCGUCCUUUUGCCAUCAAGUCCAUUCACAGGAAGGUUCCCACCCAGCAGGGGAAGAGGAGCACAUGCGUCAAGAACACUCGAAGCCUGUUCAGUGGAGAGAAGGCCUGCUACCUUAUCAAUGCCAAGCAGGAAGGCAACAUAGCACGCUACAUCAAUCAUAGCUGCAGUCCUAACUUGUUUGUUCAGAAUGUGUUUGUGGACACGCAUGACCUCCGCUUCCCUUGGGUUGCAUUCUUCACCAGCAAGCGUAUCAAGGCUGGCACGGAGCUCACAUGGGACUAUAGCUAUGAGGUGGGCAGCGUGGAAGGAAAGGUGCUGCUCUGCUGCUGUGGCUCAGAUGAGUGCACAGGGAGGCUACUCUGAGGGCUUUCUGCUUGAGGAAAAGAAAUCAAUAAAUCUCAGAAUGGAGUACUCUGUUUCAAAUGUAUAUCACACCAGCAAACUGCUGGACCAAAACCACUAGGGAUUUGAAUGCCUAGUUUGUGUCCUGUAGAUAUGUUGUUCACAAACUAGUUGAUUGGUUCUGAGUGAUUUACCCUCAGCAUAAACUUUGUUAGUUAGAUUGUAACACAUACGAGCACUAUUGCUAGGACAUUAAAUUUUGUUCAUUGUCUUAAUGUGCUGUUUGUUAAUAAAACUACGUUUCAUUAAAGUAAA